GAUCGACGCUGCUGCUGAUCAAACUUCAUCUGUGUUCAUUAAACAAAGGUACGAUCACACUGACACCAUGCUGCAUUCACGCGCUCUGUUUAAGCUCCUGUGGCUGCUGUUGUGUCGCACUGCUGCUGUCAGCUGGGCUGAAGCGAACAUCAGCAGCAUGCUGGCACCGCAGGAGAAUCGGGUGAUGGUGCUCGGAGAGUGGGAGGAACGCUGGCAGCAGGGCAGGAUUGGCUUCCAUCAGCCUGAAGUGCACAGGAUGCUGGAGAACAACUUGGAUAAAGUUCUUGCUGGACGGACGGGAGUUCGCUUCUUCUUCCCUCUCUGUGGGAAAGCUGUUGAUAUGAAGUGGCUAGCAGACAUGGGCCAUUCAGUGGUCGGGGUGGAGAUCUCUGAAAAGGCUAUAAAAGAGUUCUUUGAGGAGAACAACGUGACGUACAGCGAGGAGCCAGUUCCUGCCAUAUCUGGAGCAAAGGUUUACAAGGGCACAGAGAGAAAUAUCUCCCUAUAUCAGUGUGACCUGUUCAACUUCUCCAGCUCCGUUGAGGGACAGUUUGGGGCAAUCUGGGACAGAGGCUCUCUUGUGGCCAUUAACCCAAGAGACAGAGAAAAGUAUGCUGCUCUCAUAACUUCCCUCAUGGCCAAAGACUGCAGAUACCUCUUGGACACACUGUUGUACAAUCCUGAGCUAUAUCCAGGCCCUCCUUUCUUUGUCCCUGAUGAGCAAGUGCAAAGCCUGUUUGGGAACAGCUGUGAUAUAGAACUGCUGCAGUCUGUGGACAGCCUGACAGACAGACAUCGAGGCUGGGGGCUGGACUACCUGACUGAAAAUGUACAUCUCAUCACUCCAAAGAGCACUUAAGAACUUACUCUGAAGUUUAGAGAGCUUAGAAAAGCACUUUUGGAUUUUAUUGCUAACACAGGACAGAGGCAGUUUUGCCUAUGUCUGUUUUUUUUUUUUUUAAAUUUUUAUUUGCUUAGACAUCUUUUUGACACCGCUGCAUUUUGGGCGGGAAAUGAAGGUGCACGUAAAUAAAAUCUCAAGAGAAUUUCUAAAAAUGAUUUAAACUCAGGAAUUUUCAUAAAGCUUCUAAGAACGGAAACAUACAAAGUUUUAAAUGGCCGUCAAAAUAAAAUGAUUUUUCUAA